AUGCUUGGAGAGGAGGAGAAAGCAAAUAUUUCACCCAAAUAUGGACCAAAACUCACCUCUCUACAGGGAGAGGAAUUAUAUAGAGGACUGAUAUCUUUCACUGAAAAAGUAAUAGAAAAGAGAACAGCGAGACUUUAUGAAAAACGUUUACGUCUUCCUCCUUGUCAAAGAAUCAAUACUAAACACCCUGUCUAUGUAAUUGAAAAUGAGAAUAUUGAAAGAAACAAACUUGAAAAUCAAACAAUAGCUGAACUCAGUAAAUUUAUCAUAGACCUGAUUGACACCUUACCAACUCACUUCAAAGAGAUAUAUAUAUACAAGAAUUCAAGCACAGUGUCGAGGGAAAGACUAAAUCUAAAUAUUUAGAAUUUGUCUCUGUCCUGACAGAUAAGUUGGACAUGCAUGCUGGUGUACUUUUAGCAGAAUUAGGUGACUUAGAUAAUGUUUACAACAAUGACAACUAAAUUACCAAUAAAAGUAAGUUGAAUUUGUUGCUUUACAUGUCACAAGGAUAUUUCUUAAUAUUAUGGUUUAUUUACAUUGUAGUGUCUCCAUUCUAAGUAACAUCCAGCAUGAAAUAUGUACUAAAAAUGACUUCUGUAUGUUUAGUUAAAGAUGCAACGUAUACUAACAUUUUCAGAUUGGAUAUAUCUUAUAAGCUUAAAUAAGAGUCAUUAUAUAUUCUUCUGUAUCUCCUCACAAUUAUCAGAAUCUCUAAAUACUUUCUAAUAGGACCUGUAGAGUUUAAGCCAAACUGGUAAGUCAUCUAUUUUGUUUGAUAAAGCAAUAUGUUAAGUUAUACAGUUAAGUUAUACAGUUAGAGUACUUUGACAUUAUUUGUCAUGCAGCUCUAUAUGUUAAAAAAUAGCCAAUUUAGGUUGAAAAGAUAGAAAAAUGUGUCCCAUUGGCCAUUGUCUCCUGAACUGAAAGUAUUCAACAUUCAUUUUUAACUUAUUAAUUGGAUUUAAGCUGAAAUUGAAUUUAUUCGAACGAUCACAGUACUCACUAAAGAUAAUAAAGUUAAGUUAACGUAAACGGACUGCUGUAUUCUAAAGGUCUAAUUUUACUAAAAAAUAUAAUAUUUAUUAAUUUGCUGAAGAUAACAGUCUCGAUAAUCCGAGGUUUACACAAAUGGCCUAUUCUUAUUAUACAAUCAGAUUUCAAAUAAUUGCAAAUUGUAUUGUACA